AUGGUCCCAAGGGGCCGUGCCACUAGCGAGCCCUUAGUCGCAUACUCUGCUGAGUCAGCUACAGCGCACACAAAGAGCUGCUCCGCCGCAGCUCCCCAUCCUUCUUGCAACCAUCUUCUCAUCCUCGCAGCAGUUCUCGAACCAUCUACGAAGAUGAGAGCCAAGUGGAGAAAGAAGCGCGUUCGUCGUCUCAAGCGUAAGAGAAGAAAGAUGAGAGCCAGAUCAAAAUAA